AUGGCGCGGGUGAGAGGUGAUGAGGUGACAACAAACUCGAUGAUGAUAAUAAGGAAGGUUAGGUUAUAUGGUAUGGUUACAAACGAUUAUAAACGACAAGAGAAGAAGAAUGAUGACGAGUGGGAGGGGAAAGGAAGGUGGUAUUUCGCCUUAUCCGGGAAUGUCGAGGAGAACGAGACGAAGCAAUGUACUACUACUACAUAUGUAUCAAAAGGUUUGACUGGCUCUGUGUCUGAUGCGGUGGUCAUUGGUCACGGCCCAAUUCAGAAGAUUUUUGCUGCAUCGCCAUAUCACCCCUUUCGUUUCAAUUGGCCAUUGUAA